GAUUUUAUACGGCCUUACCUUAGCCGGUAGUAACUACAUGGCUCCAGUAUUUGCCGGUUUCGUUGCUGGUGGUCAAAAUUGGGAAUGGGUCAUGUACUAGUCUGCAAUUUUCUGUGGUUUCGUCUUCACAAUCCUCUUCUUCUUUUUGAAAGAAACAAACUAUGGCCGACCAGCUACGAGUCUCAAUGCUGUUCUAGAUGGCGAGACAGACAUCACUUCCGCGAUUCCUCGUACAGGACCAAUUAAUGAGAAAGCCAAGAGGGGAUUGGCGCAUUGAUCGAAAUACAGAGCGAAAAACUUUGUGAGAUUGAAGAGAUAGUGAGGCAGGAACGAAAUAAAAAAAACUUGUAGAUGAUUGGUAAGUCA